ACUCAUACUUUUUCUCCAUCACAAAAUUUUAACAAAUUGCCUUAGAACUAAAAUUUAGCCGACACAUAUCUACAUAUUCAGUCUGUACGAUGACAAUAUUACUAUUCGUCUUAGUUUCACUCUUACAUAUUCGGCUUGGUGCAGCUCAAUCAUGUCCCGCUGGCAGCUACUGGGACCCUUACGCUCAAACAUGUUUCGUGAACGCUGGUGAGCAGUGCGAAAUAAAUCCUACUGCAACACCCUGCAUCCCAACGGCUGCAUGCUACAAUCAGGGAGGUUUCCCUAUUUGCGUGUGUCAGGGACGACUAAAACAGACGAGUGAGGACAAGUGCCACUUAAUUUACGGGGAUCGAUGCAACACGGAUCACGACAUGUGCGACCCGGUCCCAUUUUUAAGAUGUUCACUUGAGAAACGCUGCGAUUGUGGGGAUGGUGCGACCUGGGUUAGUGACAAGUGCUUCCUACUUCCAGGCUCAAAUUGUAAUGGCACAGCCGGCACAAUUGAAUGUAUUCCUGGAACAUCGUGCCAAAGUGGAACAUGCGAAUGUGCCAUUUCACAAUCGAAACCUAGCGUGGAUGACCCAACUAAAUGUUUCUUGCCUCAUGGGGCAACGUGUACAUCCGGAGGAUCCCCACUAUGUGACCCUUACGCCCAUCUCGCUUGCGUCUCCGACACAUGCAUUUGUCCAGGAGAGAAUAACACAUCAAUUUAUGAUACAAGAACACAUACAUGUCUGGUUCUGGCAGAUCAAGUGUGCACUCCAGGUGGAAUGCCUUGCAUUCACUCCAGUUCGUGUAAGAUGAGCGGAUCAAGCUUCACGUGCCAAUGUCGAUAUCCCAUGAGUCCCGGGAUCGAUAAAUUCUGUUAUUUGCAACAUGAACAAGACUGCACUCGUCAGAAUGAUUUGUGCGACCCAAACAGAUUCCUGUUGUGCAAUUUUGAGGGAAAAUGUGCCUGUAAUUCUGGAGCUGCGUAUAUUUCUUCGUUGGAAGUUUGUCGAGUCCUUCCAGGCUCAAAUUGUAAUGACACAGCCGGCACAAUUGAAUGUAUUCCUGGAACAACGUGCAAUACAACAAGUGGAAUAUGCGAAUGUGAUGAUCUAGAAUCGAAACCUAGCGUGGAUGACCCAACUAAAUGUUUCUUGCCUCAUGGGGCAACGUGUACUUCCGGAGGACCCCCACUAUGUGACCCUAACGCCCAUCUCGAUUGUGUCGGCGGCACAUGCAUUUGCCCAGGAGAGAAUAACACAUCAAUUUAUGAUACAAGAACACAUACAUGUCUGGUUCUGGCAGAUCAAGUUUGCACUCCAGGUGGAAUGCCUUGCAUUCACUCCAGUUCGUGUAAGAUGAGCGGAUCAAACUCGACAUGUCAGUGUCGACAUCCCAUGAGUCGCGGGAUCGAUAAAUUCUGUUAUUUGCAACAUGAACAAGACUGCACUCGUCAGAAUGAUUUGUGCGACCCAAACAGAUUCCUUUUGUGCAAUUUUGAAGGAAAAUGUGCCUGUAAUUCUGGAGCUGCGUAUAUUUCUUCGUUGGAAGUUUGUCGAGUCCUUCCAGGCUCAAAUUGUAAUGACACAGCCGGCACAAUUGAAUGUAUUCCUGGAACAACGUGCAAUAUAAUAAAUGGAAUAUGCAAAUGUGACGAUCCGGAAUCUAAACCUAGCGUGGAUGACCCAACUAAAUGUUUCUUGCCUCAUGGGGCACCGUGUACUUCCGGAGGACCCACGCCAUGUGACCCUUAUGCCCAUCUAGAUUGUGGAGAUAAUGGGACAUGCAUUUGCCAAGGAGAGAAUGUAACAUCAAUUUAUGAUGAGAGAACGAAUACAUGCUUAGUACUAGCAGAUGAAGAAUGCACUCCAGGUGAAAUGUCUUGCAUCCACUCCAGUUCAUGCAAAAUGAGCGGAUCAAACUCGACAUGUCAGUGUCGACAUCCCAUGAGUCGCGGGAGCGAUGGAUUUUGUUAUUUGCAACAUGAACAAGACUGCACUCGACAGAAUGACAUGUGCGAUCCAACCAAAUUCCUUUUGUGUAAUUUUGAAGGAAAAUGCGUCUGCAGUUCUGGAGCUGCAUAUAAUUCUGCUUCGGACGUUUGUCAAAUCCUUCCGGGCUCGGAGUGUUCGAAUGUACUUAACACAACCAAAUGUGUUUCAGGGACACGGUGUGAAUACAUUGGAAUUGAGAGAAAGGAGAGAUGUGAAUGCGACAAUUCCCUGUCGAAACCUAGCGUUAGCGACCCAACUAAAUGUUUCUUGGCCCAUGGGGUAAAGUGCGAUGAUCCAGUACUUCCGGUAGAAUGUGACCCUUACGCCCAUCUUAGUUGUGGAAAUGAUAGGAGAUGCAUUUGUCAAGGGGAGAAUAUCACAUCAAUUUAUGAUAAAAAGACAAAAAAAUGUCUCCAACUGGCAGACGUACAAUGCGUCACAGAAAGGGACGGAGGAAUGAGUUGCAUUCAUACAGCUACCUGUAACAGGAUUGGAUCACAGUUUAGAUGCGAAUGCAAAAAUCCAAUGAGCCGAGGCGUUGAUGGAUUCUGUUACCUCAAACAUAACCAAAGUUGUAUACAAAUCAAUGAUUUGUGCGACCCAAACAAAUACUUGGGAUGUAAUUUCCAAGGGAAAUGCUCAUGUCGGGAUGAUUCUACGUAUGACACCAAUUUACAAAAAUGUGUCCUCCUCCCUGGGUCGGGAUGUUCAGGAAGCGGCGGUCCCACCUGCAUAAAUGGCACAAAAUGUAAUUUAAAUCCAGUAUCAAGGAAAAACGAAUGCACGUGCUCCAUUGAAUCAUCAAUUCCCAGUUCCCAUGAUCCGGGACGAUGCAUUUUACAACAUGGGGAUAAGUGUUCAGAAUCAGGAGCAGAAUGUGACCCUUACAAUCACCUCGUGUGUAGCAGGAGCGUCUGUAUUUGUCUGGGAGAAGGCGACACGUCGCGAUAUGACAAUAAAACACGCAGAUGUGUCCAGUUAGCGGAUAAAGCCUGUCUUCCUCCAGAGGAAGGUGGUAUGAGUUGCAUUCACACAGCGUCAUGUAAACAGGCUGGGUCAGACUAUAAAUGCCAGUGUCGUUUUCCCAUGUCUAGAGGCGUGGACGGAUUGUGUCACCUGACUCUAGGCCAAUCAUGCACAAUACUAAAUGACCUGUGCGAUUCAAAUAUAUUCCUAAAAUGCAGUUUAGAAGGAAAAUGCUCAUGUCGGGAUGAUUCCACGUUUGAUACCGAUUUACAAAAGUGUGUCCUUCUCCCUGGUUCCGACUGCAACGUGAUACGAGACGGACCAGAUUGUAUACGAGGAACUAGAUGUGAAUUGAACAGAGUGUCCAGGAAAAAUGUAUGCACCUGUGCCAUAGAAUCAUCCAUUCCCAGUGUGCACGACCCGAGACGAUGCUUUCUACGACAUGGCGACAAGUGCUCCCAACCAGGAGCAGAAUGUGACCCUUACUAUCAUUUCGAGUGUCAGAAAACUGCCUGCAUUUGUAAAGGAGAAGGUGUCACUGCAAUUUAUGACAAUAAAACACGCAAAUGUGUCAAUUUGGCGGAUGAAGAGUGUCUUCCUCAAGAGGAAGGCGGCAUGGGUUGCAUUCACACGGCGUCAUGCAAACAGGUCGGGUCAAAACUUAAAUGCCAAUGUCGCUUCCCGAUGACAAGAGGAUCUGAUGGCUUCUGUUAUCUCAAUCACGCACAAAAUUGCGCAAAAGAUAAUGAUUUCUGCAAUAUGCACAAAUUUCUGCACUGCAACUACGAAGGAAAGUGUUCUUGCAGAAAUAAUGCAAUCUAUGACUCCACAUUGGAAACUUGCGUCUUGUUGCCAGAACAGGGAUGCAAUUCUACAGAUUCGCAGUUAUGCUUCCCACCCACAAGAUGCAGUCAAAUUAAUAGUGUCACUGGAAAGCACAUCUGCGUCUGUCCUGGUCAAUCCCGUCCUUCACGUUUAGAUCCGACCAGGUGCGUGUUGGGUCAUUCGCAUCCCUGUGCAAAUUCAGUUGGCAGUGAUUUGUGUGACCCAUUUCAAUAUCUGGAAUGUUCUGAUACGAUGCAAUGUCAGUGCAAGGGAGGGUUCAGAGACUGGUAUGAUAAGGAAUCAAAAACUUGUUUCCUAAAGGCGAAGCAAUCAUGCAUCCCCACAGAAGAUAACCCCCUUGCUCAAAGGUGCACUCCAAAUUCCCAUUGCUUUCACAAAGACGGCGUUUCUCUCUGCGUUUGUAAUGCUGGUUUUGAAGCUAACAGAAAUGGACAUUGCUUUCUCCCACAUCUGUCGAAAUGCCUGCUGCAAAAUGAUUUAUGUGACCCAGCUUCAUUUUUGAGUUGCGAUCUCGAGACUAAUUGUACGUGUGGAAAGGAUGCGAUAUUUAAUCGGGCAACAAAAACUUGCGAAUUGUUAUCCAGUGCAAGUUGCAAUUCCGUCAUGACACAACCGGAAUCUCAGAAAUGUAUUGUUAAUGCCAUGUGCUCCAAGAAUACUGGAAAAUGUGAAUGUAUUCAGGAAUUUGAAGAGAACAAGGAUCGCUUUUGUUUCUUACCAAGGGGCAAUCGUUGUGAUAAAAGCAGAGAUUUGUGUGACCCCAAAUCCAGGUUAGAGUGCGGGCAUCUGUCGGGAAGUUGCGUGUGUCAAGGGGAGGAACAUGGGGUUGGCUGGUACAACAGAUUUCAGAAGAAAUGUUAUCGCCUGGCAGGCAGUCCAUGUGAAAAUGGGGACGAGUCUCAGUCGGGUUGUGUCCAUAACGCGUAUUGUGACCCCAUCGACAAAAUAUGCACUUGUAACGAAACCCUUAAACUUUCUCCGAAUCGGGAUGGCUUUUGUUUUCUGCGACAUGGAGUCAGGUGUAACUUGAAGAACGAUUUAUGCGAUCCUGCUGCAUUCCUGGAAUGCUAUCAAGAAGCAGGAAACAAUGCUUCCGUCCCUCUCUGCCGAUGCGAACGAGAGUAUGAGACUUUCUUUGACGCAAACACGUCUUCAUGUCGACUAAUUCAUGACAGGCCAUGCAAUCUUGACAACAAAGACAACUUGAUACCAGCUGUCAAACCAAACCAAUUAUGUGACAAGAAUGCAAUGUGCUUGGCUUAUGCUCCCGGUAAUUUUACACACCGGUGUGGAUGCAAUGAUAAAUUUUCACCAAAUCCGGAGGGCAUUUGUUACCUGCCGUAUCAAUCAGAGUGCAUAUCUGCCCCAACAGAGUGUGAUCCUUAUGGAUACCUCACUUGCAGGAAGCGAUACAAGGAUGAUGGCAAAGCCGAUAUCCGGCAGUGUCUCUGUGCCACGGAUAAAAUGUAUUAUGAUCGCGAACAGAACAAGUGUUUUUCAUUCCCAGGCGAAAUGUGUGAUAAUUCCCCUACUGGGCAGAAAUGCAGAAAAAAUGCACAUUGUGGUAAAAACUAUAUGUGCGAGUGUAAUGCUGGAUAUGAAGAAACGCCCGAUGGACAGUGUCUUUUAAAGUACGGAGAACAAUGUGAUGCGACAGAAUGUCAUCAUCAUGCAAAUUUGGAGUGCCGAAGCGGUUUUUGCCUUUGUCGUGAGGGUUAUAUCGAGCACUAUUUCUAUAGUGGGAGCCGUAACAAAACCAUAUGCUUUCCUGGAUAUCAUAUGAACUGCGAAGAAAAAAUGUGGACACAUUUCUCGAACAUACGAUGCAGUCCGGAUGCAUUCCUCGUAUGCAAUGAGACUACAGCGGGUGGGGUUUGCAUAUGUAAACAUGAAAACCAAGUAUUUAUCGGGAAAGAAAAACAAUGUCAAAGUACAAGAGGGAAUUUUUGUGAUGGCUUUGAAAAGAUUUGUGCUGAUGGUAUGAAUUGUGUGGAAUCAGAAGAUCUACCGCAAAAUCAUAUUUGCCAAUGUGCCGAAAAUUACACCGUGAACUGGAUGGAUCCUAAAUUUUGUGUUUCUGAUGGAAGAAGCGUGACGAAAAAUUAUUUUUCAUUUGUUUCGAUAUUUAUUGCACUAUUUGUAAUAGUUAAAAACUAUUUUGUUUGAAAACGGAAUAAAUAUAUUCAAUUUUUAAAUUAAAUAUGUAAAGCGCACAGAAAAUUAGGAUGAAUAGUGAAAAUAUCAAAAGCAGAAAACAAAUAUAUUUAAAUCUGUGUGUUAGCAUUGACUCGCAUAUUUAGUUUUAGUUUAGUCUUAUCAUAAUGCAUAUGGUGAUACAACGCCAUAAAAUAUGAAAGUUGAACAUUUUAUGCAUUAUCAUUUUAAUUAGGAAUAUGUAUAUGGAUUCGAAAAAUAUUAACUGUCUGAAAACUUGCCAAAUAAGUUCUUGCAAUUCUCUUCAAUUUUAAAUAUGUAUGUAGUGCAAAAUACCAUGCAUAAAUGUUAAUAAAGUUGCGAAUUAAUCUAGUCUAGAAACAGUGCAGUUAAAUAAAGUGGUUUGAUCAGUUUGAUCUGUAAUUUCGAUAAAAUGGCUGUUUGAUUUUCUACACGUUUUCCUCAAUAACACAGUUCUGACAUUGGAAUCCUAUUUUACAUGCGUCCUAGUGUAAGAUAUAAAGUAUUUACUUCUCACGAGAACUCUUUUGAAAUUAACAUUAGAAUAUGAAUAUGGUACAGUUAUAAAUUAUGCAUGGAAAAAAAUAUCCACAACUUUUGUCAUUGAAUAUGUAACCAGUCCUCGCAAUAAUUAUGUUCUUAUUUGUGGACGAAACAAUUUGAUAAUAAAAAAUCCAUUAAUCAAAAACAAUACGAUAACUAUUUAAUAAUUAUUACGAAUUGGAAAAAUUAUUACUGUAAACCUUGAUAAAACCCUAAAAUAUUUUUUGUGUGUAAUAUAUGUUAAAUGUCGAUCAAUUAAUUAUUGACCCUUGAUUUGACAUUGGCCCAACUCUCCAGAUUAUUAAUAGCCAUUUGAGUUAGAUAAAUAUAUAUUUUAAAUAGCCCAAAUCCCAAGAAUUUGAAUACUGGAAAA